AUGAAGUUUUUCUCUCUUGCAGUUCAUAACCAGUGCUGGCCAUUGAAUCCUUUUGGAGCAGGAAGAAACUUGUCAGAUUCACAAAGACAGAUACUAAACAUGCAGGGAACGUUCAUCAUCCUGCUGCCACUCAGCGUGAUCCUGCUGUUUGUUGGAGGAAUGCUGGGCUUCAUCAGUUUGCUGGCGCGAGCGUAUCUGCUGCUGCUGCUGACCGGGGUGCUGCUUCUUUUCGGCGCUGUGCUCUCCUUGGCUGGAAUCUGUGUCUACAUGGCUUAUUCUGCUGCCGCCUUCAAAGAGGCCGUGGACAUUUCUGGACACAAGACCCUGCAGGACAUCGAGAUUUACUUCGGCUGGUCUCUGAUUCUAGCCUCUGUGUCUUUUGUUGGAGAACUGUGUACUGCUGUGGCUUUCCUGCUGACCUCAGCCAGAGUGAGCCAGCAGACCAAUCAGGAGCAAGACGAAUAACAGCUAUGCUACAUAACCUCAAUCAGGACUGUGCUGGGGACGGCACCAUGUGAGGGCAUUGAAAAAUGACAUACAGUACAAACACUGAAAACAAAGUUGAUGUUUACAUGUAUAUUUUUUAUCUUUUAAAGGAAAAUGGAAAUGUCAGCACAAUUAUAUUUCAAUGUUCUCUACUUAAGGAUUAGUUCAACCCAAAAUGAAAUUGGCUGUUAAUUUAUUCAAACAUUUUUAUAGGCUAUCUAAAAAGGUGAUGCAGCAUCAACUCACAUACAGUAUAUUGUAAAAGUCAUCAU